GUUUGAUUUAAAGCGGAAGUUUCAAGGUUGCAAAAGGUUUUUUCAACUGGUGAACAUAUUCUUCUCUCAGGUAGGAAUCCGUUUAUUCUUAUAUUACUAUUUUGAUUCGAAAUAGCAAGGACGGCUUUCUGAAACACCACAUGACUGACACGUAAGAAGUUACUUUCUUCGCUUAAGGACGACUGAGAGAAUUAGACGGGGAAAAAAUAUUCUAUUUUAAAUAAAUAGAUAAAGAAAUAAUUAAUUAUAGGCACAUAACAAUCCACCUGUUCUGUCAUGCUCCUGGUUUCGUUCAGGUGCCAAGUUAAUGAUUAGUAAAAGAAGCUAAGGCAGUUUUGAAACAUCAGUUUGGUCAUGCUAACGAGCGGAAACAGCCGAUUGAUUCCCAGAAUCAUCCCAAAAUGUAAAGAAUCUAGUAACUCCCGUCCAUACAAACAACAUCGCGGUCUCCUUGCAAACUAACUUUAUAAUAUUUAGUCCUUUGAUACAAAGCUACACAUAAGCUUUAUUGACUACGCUCAUUAUUUACGUCAUUCGUUCACGGAAAGUACUGCCAGUGGAACCCCGUUAAUACGGUCACCAAUGGGCCAAAAAAAAUUGGCCGUAUUAACGGGUGACUGUAUUAACGAGGGCUUUUUUACAUGAAAAUGUACGGCCGUUUUGCCAGGCGGCCAAAAUAAAGUGAUCGUAAUAGUGAGGUGACCGUAUUGCCGAGGUUGUCGUAAGGCGGGACUUCGCUGUAAACAGAAUUUGUAAAGUGUAACUACUACGUGCUUUUUACGCUAAUUGCGCACUUCAAAUGCGUAUGAUAAUGGCUUGUUUGUUUCUCAGGAAGAACAAAUUAGUGCAUUCAGGCGUUAAUAUAAAAACAACGCAAAUAAUGUGAAAUGUGUUUGUUUUAUCGAGGAAGUUCAUUCUGACUCUGGGGACUGAUAAGGAAAUAGUAUGAAGUUUGAAAGUAUGGUAUUUAUAAAAAGUAAAGGAGGAAAUAAUCACAAACAUUUUAAAGUCCAUACUCAAAUAUCUACCUCAAAAUGCCGUCACUUUUACCUGGUGUCUGAAGUGGGUCAACAGAGUUAGAGAAUUUCCUGCUAGCGUUUUCAACAGGAGUCAACAUUGUGACCCAGAAUUAGCAACUGCGGACGCUCUAAUCCUUGAGCUUAGAACGAUGGUUUCUCAUUAGGACCUCAAUGUGUGAAUGACACUAGAGAUAUGUUCUCGUAUGUAGGUGACCAGUUUCCUUUUACUACGAUCGACAACCAAAUCUUGGUAUUAGCUUGGUAUUCAGAGUGGUAGCCUACGAGGGUCCUUUUGUUGUAGUUUGUGUAUUGCUACCCUACUCAACAGACCCACUCAUAAAACUUGAUCAUGGAACUACGGCUUUCAAUAAGUUGAAAGAGCUGUACCUUUUGGAGAGAGUACGGAAGGUACUAUCCUAAAUGGGAGUAAACCAACGCUGUUCUGCGGUAGAAGUCUACCUUAUCACUGAAAAAGUAGAAGAAAUAUCUUUGCAAAACAACCGGAAAACUAAAAUGUAAGGUGCAUGCGUGAGACUUCGCCAAGGCAACAAGAGUUGACAAUCCUGACUGAAAUAAAGAGGAAAUCCCGUAAAUGAAAGAAGAGACUGAAUGGCUCACAUUGCUGUCUUAAAAACUCUUCUUUUUCCAGUAAGAGAAGACACCGGUUACCCUCAUAAUUAUAGACCUUAGGAUACUGACAUCAACAUUUGUAGCUGACCUCGGGACACAGAGUGGCGGAGUGUCAUCACUCCGGAGACAGAGUGGGGUAUUCAGAGAAGAACACUGAGCUUGUCAGGAACGGAUCACAAGUUUUUCAGGUAGUAUAAAAGUGAGCUAAUUUGGCUCUGCUUGACUCUCUGUCGAAAAAAAGAAGAAAAUUCACGCCCAAGGAAGAGUUCAGUCCCAAAAAACCUCAACAAAAAAGUGACUCCCAAACAAUGGAAGAUAUAACGAAAGACAAAUGCUUGUGGCUAUAACUGGGAAGCGUCGUUAGCUGCAAACUGGCCAUAUUGCGGAUUACUAAGCUGAUUACAACAUAACAAAACACUGCAAGGAGCUAGAAGAAGUGAACAAACAAUGAGAGAGAGAGUGUUGAGAAACAACCUUCAGCACAGGCGCAACCUCCUCUACCGCCACGGCUCCCACCAUACAAUCCGUCAAGGAGGAGCGUAAAGCUCUUGGUAAGGAGGGAAGACGCCGUAAGGGAGUUGCAAUAAUAAAUUAGAAGCCUGCACAAGAAGAGAAGACAUUAUUAAAGAUAUUAAAUUCAGAAGAGGCCGGGAUAAAGUGAGUCUUUGGACAGUUGACCGAGAAAAAACAUAAAACAUAAGAAGCAUUAUCUAAUUAGGAAAAAAGAGCAAUGCAAAGAAAAAACGCGGAUCAGCACAUGUCGGAUUCUGGGAAACUGCUCAUGCGUUAACACGUAUUUUCACUUUUCAACCGGACCAAAAGCGAAACCCAAGCGAAAUAACUAGAAGGUUUGUCUAGGUAGUAUCAAGAGAGUUCUCUCUUGGUAGUACUUCAGUAAACGUAUUCAAUUUAUAAUUAAAAUGUGUGCAUAUGUGUUAGUCGUGAGAGGCCAAUUUUCGCUAAUUAUUUUAUGUUACUCGUUGCAUGUUUCAAUAUUUAUGAAUAAUGAAAAAUUUGUACAUUUUGCGUGAUCAAAGAAUAAAGCUUUAAUAAAACAAAAAUAUUUACGUUGAGUAUUAAUCCUUAUUAUAUGAAUCUAGGCAGGAAGGGAUUCUAGCUGUGCUGGGUCACUGUUCUAGUCUGCUCAGUGUAUCUGCUUCACAGCCGUUUUCAUAGUACUGUUCCAGAUCAGGCAGAAAUCAUAAUCUAUGUUUUGCUACUGACACAUGUAAGUCAUAGGACUAAAUCAAGGGAUUAAAUACAGCCGAUAGAAUUCAGUAUACUGCAGUAAAACUACUGGAUCUUGCUCAAGAAACUGUCUAAUAAAAUCAUGGCAUGCAAACUAAGUUCUCAGUGCUUAUUUCACAAAGCGUUUUUACAGCAAGCAGUGCACAUUGCAAUUAGGUUUCUGCAGGUUGCGCGUACAAGGCAUGAUUUCCAGGAGCGGUGUCAAACUGUGUUCUGAUCUGUGCGACGGAGAGUUUGUCGUUAUUUUCGACCUUUGACCGGAAAUAAUGGCUAAUAAAACAAUUAUUAGAUCUGUGUUUUUUUAUAUCCUUUCGGCUCUGCUGAUAACACUUACCUUGACCUUGAUUAUUCCGGAUAUCACCAAAACCUCAUCCAAUAAUUUCGUCCUUCCAAUGUUGGUGUCGAGAUGACGCCUGUGGAUUUCCCGUUUUGAGAGAUCAUAUAUACUUACUAAAAUGUCACCAGCUAUUUAAGUUAACGACUGCCCGUAAAGCGGUUUAGUCGGGUCAUUUCAGUUUCCUGACUGGGAUCAACUAACUUUUAUAUACCAUUUUUCACAAAAAAGGUAACAUAGGAUAUAUAGGGGUAUACAGGGUAUACCCCUUUCACAUACCUUGUUUACAACUUUGCAUCUCUUUUAACUGCUGUAAAUACACUGUCUUUUAAAUAGGAAUCAGUCACAAAAAUAGAACAAUUUCCCGUCUUUAUAAAGUCAUAAAAUUCAUCUCUUCGGCCCUUUGGGCCCUUUUACAGACCCAAAUGACAGAUUCCCUACCCUUUUAUAUACUUCAACGAGUAAAAUCCCGACCCUUUUAUAUACCUGAAGCCUAAAAAAGGUACCCCUUUCGGGCGGAGCCUCCCCGUAUGGGCCAGCUAUGGGGAGUACCCCCUUCCCCCGGAAGUUAAACCGAUACCGAGUCGAGGAAGCAGAACAAAGAAAGGGAGAAACAUUUCUGCUAUUUUAAUGUCAAACAGUUGUUACUGUAGUUGUUGUCAUUGUUGUUACUGAAAAAUCACUUACAACUAAUUGUGAACUCAAAGUCGCCAUAAAGGUAAAGAAACUUUUAGUGCAUUAUAUAAUGGUUAUUGCUAGGUAUUUUAUCUUUCGAUGUUUUGAGGAACUGUUCUUGAGCAAUUUUGCAGCAUAAACCGUGACACCAUACCUCCGAAAGUGUUAAAAGCGUACAAAAGCUGCAGUUCAUAGAUAUCCCAACGAAGGUGGUACCCAAGAAAGUUUUAUACGGAGAGGCUCCACCCCGAAAGUCCAACCCCUUACCCUUUAUGGCCCUUCAGUUAUGUACCCUUUUUCACAGAAAAAAUACCGCUUCCUUAUACCUUUCACUGACAAAUGGUAGCCCUGGCUUUCACAUACCUGCAGUAACCUAGGUUAGAGCUUUGCAUCGGCUUUUAACUGCUGUGAAUGCGCCUUCUUUUAAAAACCCGGGUUAGGGUCACACUUAACUAAAAAAAUUUCUCGACUUUUUCACAGCCACAAAAUUCUUCUGUAGCCCGUUUAGUAACAUAAUUUUACAAACCGAAACACCAUAUUUCCCUACUCUUUCAUAUACUUCAACUUUCGAAAUCCCUGCCCUUUCAUAUACUGUGCCCCUUUCGGGCGGAGCGUCGUCCCCAUAUAGGGAUUCUCCUCCGGGUUAAUAUUCCAGUUCAGUAUACCGGAGUAUACGGCGUAAAACAUGUUUUGAGCAGAUUUUAAAUAAGAGCGGAAAAGGCCAAUUGAUAUUCUUCUCAGCAUGACCAGUUAUUUCGUGCUUAUCGCUUACGCACGACAGGGUUUCUUACUUUAAUAAUCGGUAAAGGGGUCGAUAGUAAAUAAGUAGAGGAUGUCGCUCGUUUUGAACAGACUCCAAAUGAUACUUUUUGACGCCAGCGUCAAGGACCUCUUCCCAGGAUCGACUGAAACAGUUGCACUGACAGUACCGUAACACUUGCUUGCAGUGACAAGGUAAACUGCCGAAACGAAAGCUAGUCUUUGUAGCCUGUUGGCUGAGGCGUAAAUGAGCGGCCAAAACGAAAGAAGGGUGUUUUAAUAUGCCCUUUUCCAAAUAUGAUAUAAUAAAUUUUGUGAUUGCAGGCCGAAAUUACUUGAACAUUGCUAUGCAGAACAACUUUUACAAAGUUAUCACGAAAAUGGCUACCAUGAACGAUCCGCUAGCAGGGGACCUUGCAGAGAAACAACGAUGCAUUUUUCUUUAAUAACUUUCAGGUGUCUUGCAUGUCUAAAAAUUAUUCUUUUUACUUGAUCUAAGAAGGGGUAUACUUCUUCAGCUCCUUUUUUUCUGAUUUGGGGUCCCAACCAUGCAGCUGAUUAAUGCAAUGUCCGCUUGGAUAAACAGAGGCGAAGUGAAGCCUGAUCUUGGUGUAAAUCAGAACCAAAAAUGUAGAACUGCAAGCUUGAUCGAAGGGCUGCAUUGAACGAUUCCACCCCGGGGGUGUACUCUUCGCUAUUCUUGGUGUGGGUGUGCCGCCCGGUUCUCCAUAUCCUGGCCCUAUUUUCGACAAAAACAUUUUGGUUUCCAAGUUUUACUUAGUUGGCGAACCCACGACCUUGACAAAGUAUCCAGUAGUUUUUGAACCUGAACAUUCUGUUAGGUAAAGAUAUUUGACACACUCUUGUCGCUUACCCUAUUUCACACCACAACGGCCGAAAUGUAUACACAUUUUCAAAAACGGCUCAAAAACUCUACCCUUAGGGGCGGUACAUUCCAAUAUUGCUUACCUUAUUAUCACUUAUUUUCACGCGACUUUAAUUUCGCGAAUUUGGAAUAGAAAUACUUCGCGGUAUUUAAAUUUCGCGAUUCUGAAGAAUCAUCAUUUAUCAAGGUAAUUAAAUUUCGCGAAUCAAGUAAACUGGUGGUCGUUUUUUUACACUCCCAUUUCCAUAACGAAUAGAAACGCAACAAACAACUGGUUGAAAUGUUCCACAAUGUCAGUAACAUAACAUCUUUUAAAAGUGCACUGUGACCAACGGAGCGGCAUAGCCUGCAGUGCAGGCGUAUUUUGGGUGGGCGAAACAUUGUUCGUGUUAGUAUUGUUGCAGCCGCCAUCUUCGAUUUUAUGACAGUGAAAGAUUGGGGAGAGUAGAAAGAGUUUCAACAUGGCGCUUUCGCGAGCAAAAACAUUUGCGCGCCCGAAGAAAACGCCUGCACUGCAGGCUAACCGAGGCACUAAUCAUUCAGCAAGAUAAGGGAGAUGAGUCAGAUAAUGAGAAAUAAGGACAUACGGUGAACGUAAAUUUGAGCCAUCCUACUCGUAUGUAUUCCUAGCAGACGGAAAAACUUAAAUAGAGUUUUAAAACUAUAUAUAUGGGUCACUAAAUUUCGCGUCUUUAACUUGCGCGGCACCGUUUUUACGCGAAAUUUUUUGAAAAUAAAUGAUAAUUAAGUAUAUGCCUGGAGUAUCCCCUGGGAUUUUAUUGCGGGAUAACUGACGUAUGAAUGCCAGAUCUUGAAAUAUAAGUAUCUUGUUGCAGGCUACAGUCGCUUCGAGCACCGCAUCUAAACAAAGGUACUUUCAGACGGGUUCCAUGAUUCCUACGAUUUUCAAAGGAUUGGAAUUGAACUGGCAAACCUUUGAGGUCUUGGAACAGCAACCUUAACCGGACUAAACUGAUUACAGGUAAGUGACAAAGACAGAAUACUUCGUCGGCUGGUAUAAGUCUGGCCUUUUUCCAAGUCAUAGAAGACACCCAGUGUGAGACACUUGCCACGGGGAACCCGAACGCUGUAUUAGCUAAUAAAAUAAUCAGUUGCUAUUUGUUAUUUAGUGUGUUUCUUUAUGAGCCGUUUUGGAAGGGAUUUGAAUCAACUCAGAGACGGUUAGCAUUGCCGGUAUCCAUCCAAGACGUGUCCGCCAUUUUGGCUGGGUAACCGGAAACUUGUCAACGUUGCAAAUUUUGUAGUCAAAGAUCCACUGCAUUUGUCAGACCAUAGCCCUAUUACUACUUGGCUGAAUAUUAACAAAAAGACGAGUUACAAUCACACCAUACUUGAAGGAGAUACUUUAACGCGUUUACCGAAACAAUUUCUUUGGGAAAACGACUCCGCUCAAAAAUUCAAGGAUGCUCUGAGGUCUCCCCGUAUACAACACUAAUACGCGAUUAUAUUGCUGGCGACAAAUUCAAGGAAAAUACUGAACCAUCCCUCGAAAAGGUGGAAAACAUUUUAAUCACAACGGCUAAGUGUUGUUUAAAGAUAAGAGCAGGUAAAACGCGUAUAAGCGUAUCAAAUCAUUAUCAAACAAAAAAUGGUUCGAAAAAUAAUGUCGUUUGAAAAGGCACGAAUUACGAAAACUAGCAAACAAGAAACAUCAAGACCCUUUGAAUACUAUAUCAUACGUGAGCAAUACCAUGAUACUCUGGCUCAAUACAAGAAAUUACUUAAUUCUAAAAAGAAUGAUUAUUACAAUGCCAAGAUUUCUGAGCUAGAAAAAACUGCAGACAAUUCAGACGCGAAAACUUUCUGGCAAUGCCUCAAAUCGAUGGACGACACUAGAAAAGGAGAGGAUGUUCCAUCAAUGUUGGAGGAAAAUUGGCUACAAUAUUAAAUCAAUCUAGCAAAACAUUUGCAAUGAACUACGACAAAAUGAAUGCCAUGGUCAACACUCUCGUCCUUUAGAUUUCAUGAUAACUGAAAGAGAAAUACGUAAAGCUGCGGAAAAGUUAAAGAAUAAUAAAUCACCAUUUUCGGAUAAAAUUAGAAAUGAAAUGAUAAAAGCUAGUAUUGAUACACUGAUGCCGGUAUAUGAAAAAUUAUUCAACUCAAUUCUCAAUCAAGGGACCAUGCCACAGACUUGGUGUGGUGGUCUUAUUACUCCCAUUUAUAAAUCGGGCGGACGAAGCGAUCCGGCAAACUACCGGGGUAUCUGUGUCUCCAGCUGCCUGGGAAAACUAUUUUGUUCUAUCUUAAACCAACGACUUCUCGAGUUUAUCGUUUCUUUGAAUAUACUCCACAAAUCUCAAAUUGGCUUUUUACCGAAUAACCGCAUAGUAGACCACGUCCUCACUCUCCGAACCUUCAUAGAUAAGUACGUUCAUAAUCACAACGAAAAUUAAGAUCUAUGCUUGUUUUGUAGAUUUCAAAAAAGCUUUUGACUCGGUCUGGCAUGACGGGCUCUUGAAUAAGCUGCUUCAAAUUGAUGUUGAUGGUUCUUUUUAUAACUUAAUUAAAAGCUUAUAUCACAACUCUUCCUGCUCAAUUAAAAUUGCCCAAAAACAAAUGCGAUCAUUCCGUUAUGCGAGAGGUGUACUUCAAGGCUGUAUCUUAAGUCCAAUGCUGUUUAAUCUUUAUAUUAACGACCUACCUUUCGCAUUUGAAAAUACAUUAUCUGAUCCUUUUGUCUUGCCAAACGGUGCAAAACUAAAUUCUCUAUUAUAUGCAGACGAUUUAAUCAUUUCAUCACGAUCCAAAACAGGACUACAAAAUUGCCUUGAUAAACUAUCUUCAUUCUGUACUUCAUGGAUGAUGUAAAUCAAUUCCAAGAAAACAAAAAUUAUAGUUUUUCAGAAACGUGCGAGAAAAAAAUGCUGAUUUUCACUUUCUCAUUGAUAUUGAAAUAAUUGAUGUUGUACAAGAGUACACUUACUUAGGAACUCGAAUGUCCUCAUCGGGAAAUUUUUCAGUGUCACGUACGCGUGAACAUCUCAAGGAGAAACCUCUUCAGCUUGAGACGACACACGAACCUUAGCAAACUAAAAGCAGCUCUCGCUUGUGAAAUAUUUGAUACUAUGAUCUCCCCUAUUCUAAUAUAUAACAGUGAAAUCUGGGGUGUGUAUGCCAAACCAGACUUUAAGACCUGGGACGGCUCACAAAUGGAGAAGGCACACCUUCAAUUUUGUAAACGAUGCUUGGAGGUAAACAACAAAGCUUCUAAUAUAGCUUGUAGAGCAGAGCUUGGUCGUUUUCCUUUAAAUAUCACAAUCAAUCAAAAACUUCUCAAAUACAUUUUGUAUAUACAGUCUAAAGAUGAGGAAUCUCUCGUCAAACAAGCGUUUUUAAUGUCAUUCUUCCACUCUUAAGUUAAUGAAUAUGUCAGAAUACUUUAAGCUUCCUAACUUUAACCCUGAUUUAUUAGAUAUAGCUAUGGUAAAAAGCUAUGUAAGUUCAAUGAAACAGGAAUAUAUCUCAUAUUGGCAAAACACCCUUCAACAUGCUCAAAAACUUGAACUUUAUAGAUCUUUUAAAACCGAUCAUACCACCUCUAGUUACUUAGACUUAGCAAGAGGAACAGCUGGGAGAAGGGCUUUGGUAAAACUACGAAUAAGCAAUCACAAACUGAGUAAUGAUAGAAAUAGGCAGAUACAAUCAAACUGCAAAGGAUAAUAGGCAUUGCCCUUUUUGUGGAUGCAAUGUAAUAGAAGACGAAGUUCACUUUCUUUUUCGAUGUCCUACAUACUCUAUGAUUACGAAUAAAUUUUACUAUAAAGUCAAGACUCUAGUUCCAAAUAUUACCCAGUUACCGAUAAACGGUUUGAUCAAUGAACUGAUGAACUCUUCUAAAUACUUUAUUGAUAUACAAUUCAUAAAAUAUAUUUCAGCUUGUUUUGAUGUUCGUGACAAAUUAUUAUCAAAGUAACGUAAUUUCCCUGUGUUGUAAUUUUGAUUCCUAAACACAAAUAAAGCUCGUUGUUGUUGUCUUCCUUAAAGGAAGGUUUCCUUCUUUUAUAGGCACCCUCCCGCGUUUAAUUGAGGCAUUAGCAUUAGCAUUAGCAUUAGUCCUGUUCAGAAGUUUUCCUCGCGAAUAUUAUAUUCCAUGAGUCUCAGCGCCAGUAGCGAUGUACUGAACGCGUUCACAUUUACUUGUGCGUCUUGUACUCACUUUGUAGAGACUGACGCAUUUCCGUCUCACCUCAUCAGUUUAUAAAGUCGUUUUUGGUGAUGUUUAUGAAAAAAUGUUCAGAAAUUAUUUGGGGCAUUUAACGCCUGCGUAGCAGGCGCUUGGAAGUAGUUGGCGUAAGAAAGAACGGGCGCGCGAGUGGGAGAAGGAGAGCCUGCCCAGAAGGCCCACGGAAAUCGUUUCAACUAGCAUUCUGUGAGUGCGGAUAUUUCCAAUUGGUUGAGAGGCUUCCGAGGGGGAAAGUAACCGCGCUGGGUGAGAAAACUGUCAAUCAAUAGUACAUGAUAGAUAAUAGAUUGAAAAUUUCUUUGGUGCUUUUUCCAGAUGUGAUCAAAAGCGCUUUACAAAAAUUUCAUAUAAUAUUAAAUACAACAUUGAAUGGAGAAAAAGUAAAAAAUAAAAUUUCAAGAGAUUCUUUAAAAAGAAAGGUCUUGAUAGAUUUCUUAAAACUGUUUAAGGAAGCAACAUUUCUAAUAAGCAGGCAGUUUGCUCCAAAGCGCAGGGGCAGCAGCAGCAAAGGAGCGAGCACCAAGUGUAGGCAGCACUUUCAGUGUAGGAGGUAGCAGCAGAGUACUGCUGGUUGAGCGGAGACCGUAAGUAGAGUCUAAGUAGAUUUGGGUUUGACAAUUAUAAGUUCACCGAUGUAGGGAGGAGAGAGACCGUGAAUAGCCUUGAAAGUGAGAAGCAUGCAGGAUCUUGAAUUGAAUUCGCUUUACGACAGGUAGGCGGGAAGUUGUCGUAGUGCAGGAGUUAUAUGGCAGAAUUUACUAAGGUCAAGAGCAGUGCAAGCAGCAGCAUUCUGUACUCUCUGUAAUUUUGAAAUUUGACACUGCGGGAGGCCAUACAUGAGACUAUUGCAGUAGUCCAGCCGACUUGUGACAAACGCAUGGAUAAGAGUUACUAGACAGUCUUGUGUCAGGUAUUUCCUAAUCCUUCUGAGGUUAUGCAGAUCCAGAACUGCAUACUUAUACCAAUAUUUCGGAAGGCACGGCCUUCCUUCUUCAGGGUCUUUAAUGCAUACAAUGAUAAGGUUAAGCUAAAACGCUACAAUUUGAAAUAAAGAAUAGCGUGCAAUAUGAUACUGAAUGACACGUAAAAAGUUUAAAAAUAAGAAAAAAGUGAACAUUAAAAGUCUAUGAAAACAAAAACCGCUGAAGAAGUGAUAUGAAAGGAAUUUGAGAUGUAAAAAUAGUUUAAAUAUGAAUGAUUACAAACGGAAGAAAUAAGAAAUGUUAGAUUACAUUUCAUCAAGAGAGGAUUUAUGCUUCUCUAGCUUUUCGUACACUGUUUCCAUUAGAUUUAAUGAGUUCUAGUGAAAUAAGUGUGAUGUCGUUAGCAGAGUGAUCAUUAGUAAGAGAGUGUUCUGAGACUGUGGUGGGUUUGGAAAUAUUAGAUUGGUUGUCAACUGGUCUGAAGUGUUCGUUGAAACGGUCUUUGAGUCGUAGCUUGGUUUCACCUAAGUAUUAUUUGGAACAGUGGUUGCAUUGUAUGAUGUAAAUGACGUUUUUUGAGUUACACUUGGUGUGAUGAGCUGAUUGGCCUGGUUUCGCCUGUAGAGUGGAAUGUGUAUGAAGUUUGUCCGCCAGAUAUGCAUUUGCAAGUAAGUCAGUUUUUUCCGCAUAGGUUUGAGCCCCGGGGCUGGUUGUGUUGUCUGGGAUUGCGAAGUUUGGCCCUAACUAGAAAAUCGCUGAGGUUGCUACAACGUCUAUCGGCAACGGGGAGAUGAAAUAAGGAUGCGAAAAUGUUUGCGAAUAAUGGAUGAGAUGAAACGAAGGGCUGUGUUGUAGGUGAUAACGAAGGGAACACGUUCUGGUUUGUCCAGUGUGGAACUGUCCUUGUGAUAUUGUUAACUCGUUGUAUUUCCCGUGAAGGAAAUAGCGAUUAUAGCCACGUUUGUAAAGAUAGUCAAUAAGUUCAUUGGUGCGGAGUAUGAAGGUCUCGUUGUUAGUACAAAUGCGGCGGAGUCUGAGAGCUAGACUGAAAGGAUAGCACAUUUGGUAUGUACGGGAUGAAUUUUUUUCGCAAUAUUUAGGGUGUGGCGGAGGGGGGGGUGGGGAAUAUAGGGAAAAUAUCAGGAAUUUCCGGAAACAUAUUGUUGUCUGACCUUCCUUCCAACAUUUUAUCAUCUGUUUCCUGAAAAGAAUAUCGUGAGACAAAAGCAAUUACAUUAACAAUUUUGGCACAACGAGCUGAUUUGCGCCCAAUGAUUUUUUCUCAUCAAAUGGUAACACCGUCGAUCUAAGUUCCAGUCCCGCUUUCAGGUAGUCCUCGGUGAUGGUAAGUUUAUUUGCCCUCUGUGCUGGCAUUUUAGCAGUGGGGUUCAUUGAUUGUUUAACUCCUUAUCUAUGAAAAACUCUCUUACAUGGCAUGAUGGCAUGUAUUUUUUUUUAAACUUUUUCCUGUGUAUAAUUUGGCUGUGAAUGUUUGGACCGAGUCGCUUACAAUGAUCCUGUUAUCGUUCGAAAAAAAUGCUAGGAAAGAUAUCCGAUUUGGAGAAACGUUUUUCCCUGCAUUUUGUUUUGCGCAAUAAUGUCUGAAAAUAGAGCUAGCCAUCAUCUUCCAUUAUGUCUGCGUGAACUGACAAAACGCAAUGUAGUGUUAAAAACAAAAUUGAAAUUUCCCUCGUGUUUCAGGUCUUUCAGUUUCAUACAGGAGAUAAAAUCACCACCAUCGAUCUAUCUUCUUGUGCGCAACAUUCAUUUGAGGUAUGUACCAAGCGAUUUUUUAUCUCUUAGUUAUUUGACCUCUUGGAGGGGGGUACAGAAGGGUAAAUUAAAUCCCCCUCCUCCCUAAACUUGGUUUAAAAAUUGGCGAUGGGCAACACACGACUCCUGCACUAAGUCGUAAAGGAAGUUAUCUGACCCUAAUAACUUACACCAUAAUAACACCAUACCCAACGAAGAGGACGUAACCACGUUAUGUCACGCAUGAAGAUUUUCACUGCGAGAAAAGCUCCUAUUUACCUACCAAGUAUCUAAGAAAGAUACUCUUUCUUAUAUUAACAGAAAACUCGCUCCAAUUUUGUGGUAGCAACUACCUACAGACCCAUGGAACAGCCACGGGAACACAGAUGGCUGUUGCUUUCGCUAACAUCGUCAUGGCCAGAAUAGAAAACCAAAUAUUGAGACAGAAAUGUAUUGAAACGUACAAUGGGUACCAGGGGAUUUUUCUUGAGUGCAGUAGGAUGCUUCGAUGUCGCAGACCGACAGAUCUUCGGUCGAAGGCCGAAGUCGCGAGCGGCGAAGCCGCGGAAAAACUAUAAAAACUUCACCGAAACCGAAAACCGCCCAUAAAGAAAGACUCUGAUACCGGCCCAGGGUAAUUAAACUGCUGUUUUGGAAAAGAUGUAUUGAGGAUGUGUUUUCCACAUAGACAAGUCUAGACAAAAUAGAGAGCAUCGAGGAAAAAAUACUAUACUAUACUAUAAAAUUCAAGGCUGAGAUGUCAGAAGAAGAGAUCACUUCCUUGGACGCAAAAGGGCACAAAGGGGUUAGAUUCAACAAGAAAUAAAUCCUAAAGGUGCAAACUCAUUACAGUAAUUACAAACUAACAGAAACCUUUCAGUACACGAACUUCUACUCGUGUCACCCACCAGGCGUGAAGAAACGCUUCAUUAAAGGAGAAGCGCUCAGGCUUCUAAGGACUAAUUCACUAAGGUCUACUGAGAAAACAACCAGCUACGCGAAAUCUUUAAAGAGCCUCCACUCAUAUCAUAUCGCAAGGGAAAAUUAAACCCGGGCAAAAGUAUUUUCAAAAUCCGCCGAUUCGAUCGCCUAUUCACCCCCCUCGAAAGGACGUAUUAGUUAGAGCGAAGCUCUGAACAGUCACUUAAUAGUAUUUCAUAGUAUACUGAUAUGUUUUUCCCCCUUAAUUAUGUAAAUCCAUUUUUAAAGAUGGAUAAAUAGAGCUCAUUGUUAUUAGAUAACUUCCUCAACGACCAGCUGCAGGUGUCGUGUGUUGUCUAGUCGCCAAUUUUGAAACCUGGUAGUCUGAGAUGUGUCAAAGUUUGAUUCCAUGCUUUCUCGUUUCAGUCUACCAAGGGAGUCCCAGGAGACCCGAGGGGAUCGAAGUGUACGUCAAAUUCCCCGUUUCUCCUUCCCUUUUCAUUACGCAAGUUAAAAAAAAAGCACAAAAUUAUCUUCUCGUUGAUAUCUCCCUACGCCCAACUUUUCAUUUUCGCCCCGAUUUCUCCCUCCUCCUAUUCUGUUCCUCUCCCUUCUUCAUGUAGCUCAGUUAAAUCGCGCAACCGAAGGCUAUCACUUUCACAAAUCGUCGAGUUAUUGAGCAAGGAGUUUUCAGGUUGUUUGUCUAAAGAUCUUCAUUCAUUGAUUCUGAAAAUUAUUUCUUUGUUGUAAUUUACUUGGCUGAUCGUCGCUGAUUUCGAAUUUUCUUGGAAAAAUUUAUCAAUAUCUCAUCCUCUUUCAAGAGAGCGCUGGUAACGAGGUUGUCCGGCGAUACAUCCUGGUCUAUGUACAACAGGUGAACCCAAGUUGGAAGUAUUUAAGAAGGCAGUAAUGAUGUCUCAGCGUCGUUAGCGCAAUAUUACAGUAACAUUGUAAAACAACCAGAAAUGCGUAAAAUGUCAUAAUUAAAGUUCGACUGAUGUUUUUAUGAAAAUGACAUUCACGUUACCCAAAGAACGUUUCGGUGACACUCACAUUAAACUCCACCCAGUUUCAGCUGUUUCAGCAACUCCGGCAUGGGCAUCACCUGUCUCAGACAAAUGAUGUCCGAAACUGAAAAACAGUACCGGCUUUCCGGAACAGCCGAUCUUUGGCCUUCAAUACUGGGGCCUUAAGGCUUCGAAAUUUUAGCUAUCUCUAGUUUUCUUAUAAUCAUUGAUCCAAGGUUUUCGAUUUACCGCCCUUUUGUUGCAGAUCUUAGAUGAAUUUCAUAACGCAGAAAACCAAACAGGAUAAUUUGUCUAAAAUAGCCAAAUUGUGACAGAAAAUAAUCUUUACUCUGCCAACUUCCUCUUUACUUAAAUAAGUGUUAAUUACUGUGUAGUUUUCAAUAUAUUGUUUGUGUAUCGAUUUGUCUGUGAACCUUAUAUUACUUACCUCUUUUGCUCGAUUUCAUGGCCCUCGAAUCGAGGCCCUUUUGAUCCCUUUUGGUCGCAGCCAAUCGAAAGUAAACACUUUAUCCUCUAGAACUCUCGACUGUACGUCGAUAAAGGGGGCUGUGAAAAACUUAAGGCGGAGAAAUCCUUUCUCGUGUAGAAAGCCUCGUUUUCGCAAGCGAAGUAAAGGUUUAAAAAAAUUCUCCUGAAUUGAAGAGAUACGUUUCUUAGAAUAUUUGAGGCAAUUCCUGGAACGCUACGGUACAUAAAUUUGGUGUUUUGGGCAAAUUUGUAUUCAGCCAGGCUUUGUUGUAUUUAUUUAAGCUUAACUGAUAAAUUGCUUUAGUUAUUUAGGGCUUUUCUGGAACGUGCAUGUAAUGCACAGUUUUUUGGCACUGUUAAUGGCAAAUAUCACUGAAAAAUGGAAAGAAAUUGCAACUGAUUCAAACCGUUUGAAAUGUCACGCUUUACUCGCAGCACGUCACCUUAACUUCCAUUGGAAACUACUAGUUAGCCAGCGCUUGUCCUCUUAAAAAAUACUCCGACGAAGACAGAAUAACAGCGGCCGAAAAUUAAGUUUAUAUUUAUUUAUUUUUAUUUGAGAUAUAUAUCUCGAAAGUAGUUAUUAAUCUAUUUAGAGAUUUGGAUUUAGUGUGCGAAAAUUUCUGCUUUGUGAAGGUGUGCUCCCUAAUUUCUUUAGAAUUUUGUUCCAAUAAAAGGUGUUUUGUGAAAGGUUUGAAGCCAGGAGUCAUUUCAAAAGUAGGUUGAGUUUGAGUCGUCCGGGUGAACGUAGUCUUGAAUAGGACUGUUGUUGUUGACAGUGAUUGACGUUUCGACAACCUGUGCGGUAGUCAUCUUCAGAGUCAAAGUGAGUUGUAUCACGCCAGUUGAUGGUAUUAUACUCGGGUUAUUGAUUAGGCUUUUGUACAUUAUGCUUUUGCUUCCCUAAUAAAAUGCUCCACCUUAAUGCUCCAUUUUUCCCACUAAAAUGCUCGGUCUCCCCCAAAAAAUCACGAAAAUGCUCGGAUUAAUUAAUUUCAAAGUUUACACUUACAAAAACGUGCAAGUGUUGCAAGUAACAACGACAACGUGUACAAGUUCAUAAAAACAGCCAAAAAACCAGCUGUAUUAGGUUUUUUGUGAAUUUUGAAUUUUAGUCUUCAUUUUGUUUAAAAAAGCAGGAGCUCAUAGAGCAUGGGCUCCUGAAAAAAGUUAAUUUCGACUUUAUUUUCUCGGAAACAUUAAUUUUCCGGGGAAAAUGCCACUAAAAUGCUCGAAUAAUGCUCAAUGCUUUUGCCUCACUAAAAUGCUCGAAAAAAUGCUAGCAUAAUGUACAAAAGCCUAUUACUGAUCUGAUUGGUCAAUUACGUCGCGAUGUUAUUGGUCGUCUGUCAGUUAAGCCGUGAUGUUAUUGGCUAUGAGGAAUCGUAAUCAGUAAUUGGUGCGUUUCGAUCCGUCUACUGUCACAGUUAAACAGUCGUCUAUUGUUAGUCAAAUUGUCAGUUCUCUAGUCGUUCUCGCGUAGUUAGUUUUGGUUGAUCUCGUCAAUAAGUCGUUUGUACGGCGCUGGUAACUGUUAGCUACGAUUCAGUGGCGUUUGUUCUAAGUUAGUAAACCACCUUUCUAAAGUAAGACUUUGAUAGUAGUCUGUAGAAUACGCUAUACAUGUCGCAGAGUCCCCGUCAAUUUGAUGUUUCGUCUGUAAAUGGUGCUCAGCAACGUGAUUGUUGACGUCACCAUUCCUCGUCACUCGUUUGUGUUCGGUCAGUCGCGUGCUUAGGUUUCUGCCGUUUUCAGAUCAGACUUAUAACAAAACCCGCUAAAUACAGAUACCCCGUCUGUAUAGAAUGUUUUCAGUAUCUUAGCCAGUAUCUAUACAAAUUUAUUGGAACUAAAGGAUGCGUUUGCAUAAGAAAAGAGUUCAACUCCCACAGGAUUUGUUUGGGACACCAACAUGGCCGCCGUUACAUUGUUUUGGGACACCAAUAUGGCCGCCGUGACGUCAUGUGAAAACACUCUAUUAACGCCCGGAGUAGUCAAUCGAUAAUUAUUGGUAUCGAUGAAUCAAUAAAAAUCGGUAAAUCUGAUUUGAUUGAUAUCGAUUGUAUCUACCAAUCGGUAGAAAAAGUAGACUGCAAAACAGUCGGUUUUUUUCUCAAAAUCAGUAAAGACAUCGGUAAAGCGUGGCGUAAGAGUCUAACGUGCGCGAAGCGCGCAAGCCUCACACGCUGUUUUCAGCCUCAUUCCAGACCUUUUGUUUGACUACUCGCGCGUACUUGAAUACGCAAAAAUACGGACUGUUUUGCAGUCUAUAGAAAAAGAUGACACACCCGCUUUAUCUUGAUUUUUACCGAUUUUAUCGAUUUGUAUCGGAGGAUAUAUAUGUUCAUCAAAAAAUGAAAACUGAAUUUAUGCAACCAGUAAAUAAGCUUUUCUAUAAAACCAGGUUUAAAAUCUUCUUCUGAUGGCUGAUAUUGGCCAGGUUUGUAAGCGCCCAGUUUUUCAUGAUUUAGACCUCCGUCCCUUUCAAAAUAACGUUGGUGUAGUUCCUGGUGUAGUUAAAUCCCGGAGUAGUCAAUAGAUGUUAAAUCGAAAUCAAUAAAAAUCGUUAGUAAUCAAGUGAUUUUUAUCGAUUCGAUUGAUAACGGAAAACGGUGAAAAUCUAUUUAGAGAAGUCUUUUAGCCUGAAUUUCAGACAUUCCUUCUACUCGAGGGGAUGUCUGAAAUUCAUGCUAGGAAAUCCCUUUUAUCUAAGGUUGUAUUUUUGGUGAUACUUGCCUGCAAAAACUAAAUUUAAUUAACCGAACAGUUUUGUUUUUGUUAUUAUGUACAAAAUAAAGGGCUUUAGAGAGAAACUUGUGUGUAAUUCUUUCCUCAUUUCUCAUUUUUAUGUUUGUUGAUCAGUUGUUACUCGUGGAUGUGUUUUCUCAACAGCACUAUCUAUAACUUAUAGCUUCCGUUAUAAAUCGUUAAAAUCAUAUAAAAUCGAUAAAAUCGUCGAUUUGACACAGCAAUUUAGUUGAUCGAUUUUUACUGUUAUUAAUCGACAAAAAACACUUGAUUGCUACCGAUUUUAUGGAUACCGAUUUUUAUCCAUUGACUACUCCGGGAUUAACGGGGUUUGACUAGGCCUUGGUGGAUUGUGCUCCUAAAAGUGGCAUAUUAUGCUACUAGCAGUGCUCGAAAUUUUGCCAAAUUAUGCCAAAAUUAUGACAGAAUUCCCAAAUUAUGCUCUUGAUUUCCGAAAUUAUGCUCACAAAAUGACGUAGAUUCUGUACAUAUAGGCGCGCAAUAACCACACCAAAUUAUGAUGUUUUUCAAAUAAACUGUUGUUGUAAAUUUAUUUGUGUUUUAUGGCAGUUUGUCUCGGCCCUCAACUGUCCAAAUUAGCUGCUCGCAUCUCUGAACCGUUUGUAAAAUGUCUUCAACGACUUAACGAUCACACCCGUAUAUACUGACUGACCCAAAAGAAUAUAGUACCUUCUUGAUUUAAACUAACUCAAACUAUAGCGAACUAUAACGUUGAAAGUAUCAAGCCACGAAGUAAAUCAACUUGUCUUGAAAGUUCUGAGUUCUUUCAGCACCAAUAAUUGCUUGAAUAAACAUGGAUAAGAAUAGUAUACACAAGUCAACAGCAGCGCUUAUUGUAUUGCAACAUGGAGAUAGUCUGCCAGAGCGCUGUCCUGGUGAUCACUGAAUGCCGCUGAGAGUAGGGAGAAGGCUCGCUCAGCUGCAGCAGAGGAAGGCUGCACCAAUAGAACCUGCUUCACUGCGGCUGAUUUUAUUUAUUUCUGUAGAAAAUACACCAUAUUUACUAAAUUUUAUGAAUUUGUGCCCCAAAAAGUGCUAAAAUUUGCUAAUUAUGCCGUGGCAGUGCUCGUUUAAAAAAUUAUGCUCUUUUGCUCCAAUUAUGCCAAAAAUUAUGCUAGCACAAUCCGCCAAGGCCUAGGUUUGACUGUAUUUCAAAAUUAUCAUAUCAUAGCUAAUUUGUAACCUUAGAAGCUAGUGAUUCAAAUAUCUCUAAACAGUUUACCUGUAUAUUUACGACCUAAAGGUAAGUGUCCUAUGUCCUAUGGCCUAUGUUGCACCGCGUCUUAGCGUCUUUUGCAGCCAACAUCACUAAUUUAAUUAACGGAAAUGCUGCGCGCAAAAUUCUAUUUACCAGGCAUCAACCGCCGCAUUUACAUGGAAAUAAAUUUUAAAAAACGUCGUAAAUUGGCCUUCAUGCUCAAGAAAGAGUAUUCUUUUUAGAGAACUGAUUCUCCAAUCUCAGGGGAAGAACGAGGAGCAUUAAAAAACACUCCAAGAAGGAAACAUCGUUGAUAAGAUUAAAGCACAGCAAGACAAAAAAGAUGCCAAACCGUCGAAAAACUUCAAACAGUAUGAUGGUAGACAAGAUUGCCUCGUGAGCAGCGAAGAUGCAGAACGACGCGAUUGGAGACAGGACCCUUCCCAUUGUAGCGGUCAUUGAUAAAUCCGAAAAAUAUAAAGUCCACGUGAGAACCGCCCUUUCUAAAGAUCUCUUAGACGGGGUCAACGUUGGGAUUUUCUUGGAGGGCUUAAAAGCCUUAUCAGCGUGGCUCUCAACGGGUUUUUGGGCAACUCUUCAACUGGCGAAACCGAAAAGAACAAUUUUUAUGUCAUUCUUCGCUAACAACAGCCUUCUGUGGCUCAGGUGAAUUCUAACCCGCACCCCAUCACCUCCCCCACCACCCCCUUAACGCCUGCUACGCAUUUAUCGGGUGUUAUUGACCUUUCGACUACCCGCGGAUACCCGCAAUAGAAUGUUUUCAAAUGACGUCACGGCGGCCAUAUUGGUGUCCCAAAACAAUGAAACGGCGGCCAUGUUGGUGUCCCAAACCAAUCCUCUGGGAGUUGAACUCUUUUCUCAUGCAAACUCUUUCUUUUGUUCCAAUAAAUUUGCAUAGAUGCUGGCCACGUGAGUGAAAACACUCUAUAAAUAAACGAGGCGGCAAACUUAAACUCGGACCACGUGACCAGCCGCAGAUCUCAAAGCAAGACAGAACCCUGGAACGAGAUGACUCAUGCAAAAAUUAGUCUUGCUUAGCGUCGUCGAAGCCACGUUUUAGGAUUGCUGUUCAAGCCCGUAGAAGUGUGGAUGUAAAAGGUAAUAAGUAGUUGUUAAUGCGUGUAUAAAGAAGGGGGAAAGAGUGCUAAGUAGGCUAGGGAAGGUUGGAAAAAUCUUUGUAACUUUAUUGAAGUCAGCUAUUUCUUAGGAUAGCAGUAGUAUAGAAUUUCAAACAAGUCAAAUUGUCUAUAUUAGAUCUCUCUACUGACUAGAAGUUAAUUUAGAACAAGCUUACUACCUGUCUGAAUGCUUGAGAGAAACUAUAUCCAUUGUGAGCGCCUAAAAACGUCAAGAGCUAGCAAAGAUGAGAGUUUCGCAAAGACACGAAAAUUGUAGUUUAAGGUUUGAGGCUUCCAUUUUAAAUUAAGCUGAAAUUGUCGAACAUAAUGUUCCCUGUAAAAAUGUCAUUAUUCUCUGGUAACCUUGGAACAAAGACUGUUUUGAUAAUCAAAACGAUUACGUUGUGUUAAAAUAAGAAGUUUCUAGAAGAUAUUCGAGUUGUGAUCACGGCAGGAUUAGCUCAGUCGGUAGAGCGCUUGACUGCAUAGCGGGAGGAUUCUUGGGGCCGGAUCUUAAAAUUACUGAAAAAAAUUACUGAGAAAUGAAGGUACUCCAUUUGCACUGCAAGCUGCUAGACCUUCGUUUGACUCGGAUGACCAUUUAAAAUGGCGGUCCUGUCUCCAGUAAAAGAUGUAAUAGCAGUGUCCUAAAAUAGUACUUUUGUGCUAAAUUCAUUGACAUUCAAGUAAAGGGCAUUUGUUUCGUUCAAAUUAUGAGGCUCAAUACGAAUGACUGCAUCUCAGACAAAAAUUUUAAUUCCCACUUUGAAUAACAUGCUUUGCAGGUUUUAAGUUUUGCAAUUUUCAAAGUUCCCGCGAAAAUUAUUUUGAUCUUUGGACUGGGACUCAAAAUAGACCUUUUCACCGUUUUUUCAACUUUUUAUAUGGACCAGUCAGGGAAAAUCCGUCGACACCACGAGAAAGAGCGCCUUAAUAUUAGUAAAAUUCCCAACUUUGAAAGCGAUACGUCUUUAGCAAGCAAAGAUAUAGCUCUGCAAAGUCCCAAAAUUUUACAGAUGCGUUUGUAAAAUUACGUGACUUUGAGGUGGUGUAUCGAUCUUAGGUUUCAACAAAUCACUUAAAACUUGGCAAUCUCACUAAUUUUGAGGCGCUUUUUUCAGUGUUGUCAAUGGAUUUUCCUGAAUUUGCCCAUGUCAAAAGUUGAAAAAAAACAGUGAAAAGGUCUAUUCAAGAUGUGAAUAUAAUGCAAUAAUGAAGAAGGCCACAAUAAUUAUUACUGAGAUCAGCCUAGCUUUUCAACAUUUUGAUGUUGGAAAUGUGUUUCAUCUCAUUUAUCCUCAAACUUGUUGUAUAAAACUUUGUAAAUAUUAACUUGCAGUAGGAAAAAUCCAGUCUUGAUCAUUUGCAAAAAUAGCUUCAGCCAGGGUGUUUAGUUUGACCCUAAAGAAUUAAGCACCAAAUAUGAAUGAGCUUACCUUUUAUCUUGACAAUUUUAAGGUCAACAGCAUAAUUUCCGUGGUCUAGUGGUCAACUGUAUACAUUUCAAACAAUUUGUCAAGCAGUGAAAACAUUUAGAUACCUGUAUGUAGAAGAUCAGGUCACCCUCAAGAUGCCCAUUGUAGCGAUCGCCGUACAUCAACUAUUUCAUUGCAGUUUUUCUUUGAAAAACUUAUCUGUACCAACGCCAUAAAGUCAGACAUAAUUUGUGUCUCACACACUCCAUAUUUCUUUCACUUCAGAUAAUUAUACAGAUUCAGUGUACCUACACGUGAUUGAAAUCAGUCAUGUGAUUCUAUAGCAUGCCCAUGCACGUGGCAGUCAUAAAGAAGUAGUCUUGAAAUAAAUGGAUAAAGCUAGAAUGUUUAUUGGUUAAAAACUGCGGUUGAAUUGCACAAUCACGAGCUAAAAAAAACAUAGUUUUAAUAGGAGACGUUAAUAAGAGAUUAUUUAAUCGUGACCAUAAUGUAUACACUCACUGUAGAAGUUAGUUGACCUUGAACACCAGAUAUAUCUUAGUGGAGAUUUUAGAAUUUAUUAUUGUGAAAUAUUUUUUACAGGCCAUUUUUUCCGACUUUUGACACUCAUGACAACUGUCACAAUUCCAUUAACUACAUAAUGAGAAGAAAAAUGCUCCAUUUUCCUUUGGCUGUUAAGGCAUGUGGUAAAAUGAUAUUAAAGAUAUUUCCUCUUAGUCAUUAUCUAUCAAUAUUUUUCCUUUGGCGAGCCCCCAAUGGGCUUUGUGGAUAUUGAAAGUAAUCUCCCCCAUGCUUUGUCAUGACCUGAAAAGGGAAAUUUUAACAGUGUUUGGGGCUAAUAUGGAAUGUGCUUGGUAAUCAUUUUUCAAAACCAUGAACAAUAAGCUGUUGACGUGACCCCCCAGAAUGUCCUAAAAGGAUUUUGAUGUUUCCUUUGACAAAUCCUAUUUACAUACAUGUACAUUAUUUUUUUCAUGUCUUGCUUCUGUGAUCCUUUCAUAGAAGCAAUUUUACAUGGUAACUACACUCAGCCAUAUAGUUUACAGAUAUCCCAUGGGUAAAAUUAAGGGAAAAUUGAAAUUCAAAAUUUAGCAGUUGAAUUACAUACUAACUGCUGCUGUUGACAAGAAUUCUUAAGAGGAUUGUUGUAAAUUUUAAUCAUUGAAAUCAGACAGUUGGUAUUUUGUAUGUCAUUAAAAUUGCAUGGGUAUUGUGCUUUCUAUAUGAAUUUAACAAACAAAUGUCAUUCAAAUUAACAGCCAUACAUUUCCUUUGAGGUGUUUGAAAUAUUUUAUCUUUUUGAAUCUUUGUUUUAAACUCUAUGUUCCUGUUUUGAACUAAUUUUUUGCACAUUACCAUACCCCAAAAACCAAAGGAACUAGUCUAUUAUAAUUUAAACCUAAGAUAAUACACAUAAUACUGUCUUGAACCACAACAUUUGCAAAACAAUUAAUCAUCCAAGAAUGUGCAUGACUGAAUGUCUGGCAAGAUGCCACAGCUUUCAUUCAAUGGCUAUAUUUAUCUGCAUGGCUUUACAAAAGCCAUAUCUGGUACAAAAUAUCAUUUUCAAACAUUUUGCUUAUGCAAACCUCUAAGUUACUACCUAAGAAACAAACGUGUAGAAGAUAAUGCCCCCAAGGUUUAUGCACAACUGCAUGAAAUGAGUUUCUUCCUUUGUUGGGCUUGCUUAAACUACCAAGUACAAUGUACAUUUAGCCCAGAUGGGACAUAAACAGUAUAUUUUUCCCUAUCAGGCAGUAUCUACUGUACCACAAGCAUGUCAUAUAUGUACCAUUUUUACCUGCAUAUACAUGAACUGAUCAUGUGAAGGUUUCAUGGUUAUUAAUCAUUCUACAGUAUGGAAGUUCUGAUGAAGAACCAGCUGUUCGUUAUCUGGGUUUGUUUUUUAGAUUUAUGGCUCGUAUAGAAUGCGUCGCAUGUAUAUCAAAAAUGCUGGCUUCUAAAGACAUAACUUGCAGAAGCCGACUUAUUGCCAAGAGAUGAAGGUGGUGCAGCACGAACUUACCUUUUACCAGAACUUCAUGCGUAAUUUCAUGAAUGUACUUAUAUUUUGUCUGCUUUACCCGUUUGACUAGUUUUGAACUGGUUUAACUGAAUCAGUUUUUCAACAAUAGACCUUGAUUAUAAGUUAGAACCCAGGCCCUAUCUUAACAGUCACAUGUUUCCCUUAUGCCUCCAUGGAGACUUGUUUUCUUACCGAACAGUUUGGUCAGUAAACUGUACUUUGCUCUGCUGUGUGUAUUUAGAUUCAGACGCAAUCUGGAUAUUGUUUUAGUCUGCAUUAUUCAUGUACACCCAGUCUGUCAUCUGCAGUCUGCUUUAACUUUUAUACCCAGUCUGUAGUUUACGAUCUGCAUUUUGUACUCAUCAAAUAGUAAUAGUUAUACAUGUAAUGUAUGAAAUAAAAGAAUAAUGUUGUGGUCAGUAUUAUUUUUUUAUGAAUCUUUUCUGAAAGACAAGGUGUUGACAUGUACACUUUUAGCACUUGGUCUUACAUAAUUUGUCUUGUGAGCUGUCUGUUUUGGUAUUUUGUUCCUCAGUUGCAAUGGCAAAAAGUCAUGAGAUGUGCAGAGCCUAGUCUUUGACCAUUGACAGCAAACUUGCUGACUGUUUGUUGACUGCAAGAGCAAAGAUGCUGUAGAGCAAGGCAAAUUUAAAGAGACGUCUUGUCUUCUCUUCAAAAGAGGGACUGAUUUUGUACACGCAAUCUUUGCAAUAGGGAACAGUUCCAUUUUAUUUGAUUUGUGAGCUUAUAGGUACAUUUGUAGGUAAUCUGUAUUUGCAUACAAAGUGUGGUAAAAAUGUGACUGUAAAUCUCUCCCAUGAUAUUCACAUUUUAGCAAACUGAGGCACAAGUUUAUCUGUACACAUAUCCAUAAAGCAGGGCUUCUGAUAUUUCGCGGAAAAAAAAGCAAAAUUUCGCGGGAUUUUCAGGGGCAAAUUCGCGGAAAAAUCGGCCGAUUUCGCGGGAUUUUCGCGGGAAAAAAGUCAAAAUUCGUGGAACAAUCGGCCGAUUUCAGGCGAUUUUCGCGGGAGAAAAGUCAAAAUUCGCAGGAAAAUCACCCAUUUCAAGGGAUUUUAGCGGAAAAGAGUCAAUUUUCGAAGGAUUUUCAGGGGCAAAUAAUUUCCUAAGAAUUUCUUAGGAAAAUCGGCCGAUUUCACGAGAAAUUUCAGAGGAAACUUCGCCAAGAAACAAUCAGUAAAAAACAGCCGAUUUCGCUGGGUUUUUUUUGGCAAAUUUCGCUAAAAUCGAUCAAUUUUGCGUCGAUAUGACCAGCGUUGGUGAAUGCUUUUUUUAACACGGAUAAUCAUUUGCUCUUUCAACAACAGUUCGCUCGAGAAAUAAGCGCAUGUUAAAGCUAUCAACAUUAUGGUUAGUGCCCAGUUUUUCGCAACGUUCAUCUAAAAACGCCUGGUAGUUUUGGGACGUUAUUUACUCGUUGCAGUGAUGAAGUUUCAAGCUAAAUUUGGACGUUUGGGGUGAAUAAAACCAGUCUAAUAGCCAAGAUAAGUAUUAAAUAUGUUUUGCCGACAUGUAUUUGGAAAUACUUCUGGCGGAUUUCGCGGUAUUUCGCGUUUUUUGGGGAAUUUCGCGGGAUUUCGCGGGUCCGCGACCGCGCGAAAUAUCAGAAGCCCUGAUAAAGUUGCUAGCAUUCUUGUUUUGACUGGAAGUACGUACUAGCCGAAUAUUGUGUAAAUGAUUCUUGUCAUUUUAUAAGACGCUCUUAAUGUGAAACACAGUAAGUAAUUUGGUGCCACUCAGUUGUGUUUAUUAUUAUUUUAUUGCAAUAUUCAUAUGCAGUGUUGUGUGAAAACUAGACAUGAAUGGGUGUACCAAUAUUAGAAAGAAAGGACACCAGUUGAAACAUUCCACAAUGGCCACCUUUGGAAAUUGAAGAAGUAUAAUAUACAGGUGUAACACCAACUUUCUGGAUGCAGUGCUGUACAACAUUUUUAUACUUUCAAAAACUGCUCUAUAAUAGCACAUUAACAUUUCACACAAUCCAUAUACAUGUACAGUAUAUUUCAGUAAAACAUAAACAUAAUACUAUUAGUAGGUUGAGUUAUGAUCGUCCAGGUGAAUGUAGUCCUGAAUAGGAGUGUUGUUGUUUACAGUGACUGAAGGUUAGACAACCUGUGCGGUAGUCACCUUCAGGCUCAAAGUGAGUUGUUAAUGUAAGUGGCCUGGCGGUCACAACAUUUGAUCUUGUAUACAGCUCCCUGUCUGUCCUCCGGUUUGUCUUUGUCACUGACAUUAAUUAGUAAGUAUUCGUUGCAGGGCUGCAAAUAACGGCGGGUCAACGGACAAUGUCCGGCCUGAUCGCGGACUUGACUGGUCAUUUUUGGAUACAAACACUUUAUUUUCCAUACAGUUGUCGCUUAAUGCUCUAUAACGCUGCAAUGAUGUCUUUUUUCUUUGGCGUUUUUUGCUGCUCUGCACUAAACCCUUCUAAGAAAAAGAACGCCGCAAUAAAUUAAUUUCAUGUCGUAAUCUAACGCAUCAAAGUGAAUAACAAACUGAGUUGGAAAGUAACGCAAUGUUGUAAGUCGUACUGUACUUUCGGCUUUGCUGUAAUCAGCAAUGUGACCUUCUUUGGGAAUUCGAAGAAAUUCAGUCAAAUCAAUCGCAAUUCUCAACAGGUCGUCCUAUGUUUCUCCGGGAAUAAAUGUUAGCGCAUCGAUUAAUAAUAAUUUCUUUUAUGUUGAACAUGAAUCUCGUUUGCAGACUCGAUUCCAGAAUGGUCUGAUAAAAAUUUAAGCUGCUCAAGAGGGAAGGUCGUCGUCUAUCGCGGCGCUAGAUUCUCGUUCUUGUAAACAACUUUAUGCAAAUUUCUGUUGAUAUUUGAGCCCUUUGCAAUAAAAUGUUGCACGAUGACCCAAAUUUAUUUAUUGACUUCUGAUCGUCAACAUGCUGUUUGUGGAACAAACUUCUCGCCAAUGCAAAUCAACUUCUUUGACGAAAAUAUCAGCGACGAUUCUUCUUUGAGGAAGUGACUUUCGAUCACGUGCCAGGCAAGGAAAAAGAUCAAGUUUCACCAAUGUUCAUUUCGGAACAUCAACGUAAAACAAGUGUGUGCAGAUUUUGUAGAAUAACCCGAUUUUUUUUUUCGUAAUUUCUAAAGUUUGCUGAACUGUAUGUGUAUUCCGUUUCCUGAACCUUGGGAGUUUGAAAAGGAUUUGCGCUGCACUUUUUUACCUGUAGAGACUUCAGACACCGCCGUGCAAUGAUACUCAAGGUAGAAAGUAACAUUAAAACGCGCGAAAACUGUGGAAAGGAACUCUACAACGUGCGAAUGCAUUUUUCACCAAUUUGCUGUCAAAAGUGUGAACGUCAAUGUAGUAAUAACGAUCUAUUGCCAGCAUAAUUGGAUAUUCCUUAGGCAAAAAAUAAAUUAUUAGUAUUCAUUAUUUGACCGGCCAGAAUCGGGUUUGUCCGGGCUAAAAAAUAUUUGGCCGGUCAUCAUGACCGGCAACCUGCUGUCUGUUAUUUGCAGCCCUGCGUUGUGAAGUGGUUAUCAGUUUGUGUGCCACAUGUAUAUUGUAAGGUUGCGGUAUACAUGUGAUAGUACAACCUUACUGAUCACUAACUGACUCUGUAGAUGACUCACCGCAUGGGUUAUCGAAAGGUCAGUCACUGUCAACAACAGCAGUCCUAUACUGGACUCAGGACAGUGUACGCUCACCGGAUGAUCAUACUCACCUAACUUAUGAAAUGACUCCUGGGUUCAAACCUUUCAAAAAACAUAAACAAUGUAUUAUUCUGAACCAAAAAUAAUUGUGAACAAGUUACAUUGCAGAGUACUUCAUUUUUCUUGUUGUUUGCUAUUGUUGAGAGUUUUUGCAAGUUGUGCAUAGUUAUUUUUAAAAGGACCUAAAAGGCUGUUUUCAUUAGCAUGAAAAGUUCAUGGUGGCACCUUCAUUACAGUUAUAUCAUCUUUUUGACUUGUUACAGCGUAUACUGGACAAUAUCUGUUAUCCGUGCCGUAGCCAAAAUGUUUGAAAAAAAUUUUUUUGGUCAUGACUUUAUUUUACCACUACCUGAAUGAAAAUGGUUUAUUAAACAACUGUCAAUCUGGUGAGUCAAUAUUGACAGAUGUCUUUUUAAUGGCAUAAUUUUCAUUGAUUUGAACAAGGCCUUUGACACUAUUGACCAUGAGAUUGUUCUACGAAAACUUACUAAAUAUGGCAUUGACCAAGAUGCCUUGAAAUGGUCUUUUAAGAUAAAAACUAACCAUAUGCAAAAAUAAGACGCAUUGUAGGUAACUGUCUAUGUAGGAGGAGCCCACUUAACUGUGGCAUUUCUCAAGAGUCAAUAAUAUGAUAGGCCCCUUCUUUUUUGGUCUACACAAAUGAUCUUCCAAACUGUUUAAAUACUGGUUCUCAUGGAUGACACUAACUUACCUUUUCUGCACUUAGCAUACAUGAUCUCAAAUUAAAGAUCAAUACUGAACUGAAACAUAUUGAUCUCUGGUUUUAAUCUAACAAGUUAAGUCUCAAUGUCACCAAAACAGAAAUUAUGAUUUAUUAGCUCAAUGCAGAAACGACAACCUUCAAAUGAGUACACAAUAAGCAUUACUGAAGAUGGCAUCCAAGUAAACCAAACAACUUAAAUUAGCAAAUCUCUUGGGCUUAAUAUUGACGGUAAUCUCUCUUGGAGCACAUACAUGACAUCUCAAAAAAAAAGUCUCCUCAAGCAUUGGUGUGAUUAAGCAAGUCAGGCCACUUGUUUCCAUGCACACUGCAUUUAAAGUAUACAAAGGUCUUAUUAAACGACAUUUGAUUACUUAAGUGCUGUCUGGGAUGGCUUGUUGUAACAGCUGAGUGAUUACAGAAUGGCACUGUCAGAGUUAUCACUAAACCAAACUAUGACACUUAUUCCAGACAACUUCUUAACUUGCUUGGUUGGGACAACUUAUCAAUCAGAAGGGCUAAGAAAUUAGCUUACUUAAUGUAUAAGUAUACUAAUAAUCUCGCCCCAGUUUAUCUCUGCAAUUUGUUUGCUCUGAGAAUCUAGAUUUACGACCUUUGUGACGCUAAGGGUAAAUUGCUACUUUAGAAACCAAGAACUGACUACCUCAAGCAUAGCUUUACAAAAUGUAGUUACAGUGGUGCUUACUUAUGGGAUAGUCUUCCCGAGGAUGUAUGCACAGCGAAUUCUUGACUUUUAGAGAAAAAUGCACUCGGUUUGCUGAUCAGUACUUUCACAUGGCAAAUAUGUAAAGAAGGUUAUUGAUUUAUUUAAUCAAGUUUCAGAUUUACAUUUACAAUGACAAUUAAAUCAAUCAAUCAAUCAGUGUGAGGUAGGCUAAAAACAGCGAGAAUACAAGACUCCUGAAACAUAAAGUAUCACUAAAAAAUUACAAAAGACAUGCGACAUGAACACUUAUCAAUAAAAAUUAUCAUAAAUGGAUUGAUGAUUGAAUAAAGUACAGUGAAAAGUUAGAAAAAAUCUACAUUAAACUUAUCAUAAUAAAAGGCCAUCAAGUUCUUAGAAAAGAUUGACAAGGUAUUUGACUCUCUUAUACUAAGAAGUAAUUCAUUCCACCGGCGACAGAUCCGAACACAAAAAGAAUUCUUAAAGACAUCAGUUCUGCUGAAAGGGACAUCAAGCGUUAAAUGAUCAGUUUUUCUGAGCGGUUUGAUUCAAGAGUGAAAUGAUACUUUUUCGAAGAUAUUUAACUUAUAUAAUCUUAAAACACUUAAAAAAGAAAAUUAAAUCAUUAAUUAUAGAGAAUUUAUAGAGAAUUUAUUUAUUUUCUAUUAUUAUACAGAUAUUUUAACUGUGUCUAAAUUAAUAGAGUUUAUCAUCAUCACUGAGUUUCAUUGAAAAUCUAGGACAGGUUCUUUUACUAGGGAUUCAUUAAAUCUAACAUAGGUUUGAGACAAUUAUAAAGAGUUCCUGCUUACAUCCAUGGCCACGACCCGUCACUGCAAGGUCCACAACCACCACAUUUUUAGCCCCCCUGCAUGCGGUUGGUUAGGUAAAAAUUGGGGUUUUGUUACUUUUAGGGAACCAUUGCUCUAUAGAGGAAAACAAGUAAGUGCACUAUCAAAAUGAUGGGUUUAGUGCAUCCAAAAAAAAAAUCAUGUCAUUGUCAAAUACAAAAAACGAAAAAAGUGCAAAUACUGGCCCUUUCUGGGUGCAUCGUUUAACCACAUAAACAUACUACGUUUGGCAUAUGUACAUGAACAUUUGUCGUGUAAACUUGUCAUUUUGCUCGUCCGUUUUGUUAGUUUUUUUCUUCCAUAAGGAUUAAUUCCUUGUUGUUCACUUCAAGUAAACAUAUGGCCACCACCUGACUGAUAAGUCAAAUUUGUUUUGCAGGCUAAUGGCUUCUGCUCUAGUGUUGGUUUCAUCUACCAAGGAGGUGAUAAAUUUUUUUCGCCUUACUCGUCUCUUGGUUGAGGGUGGCACCAAAGCCUUAAGGUACACUUUUGACAACAUUCAUCCACCCGCAAAGCUGCAUCAAGCUUUAGAAUCUAACCGUCUAACACUGCAAAGGCUCAGGAGUAAGAGAAUUCUUAGUUCCGCACAAUGGAAUAUGCUGUAUCCCACUACUCAUUCAUCAGGAAAAUCAGGAGAAUUUGACAUCACACUACUGUUGGUGUUACUUAGGCAAAUUUGUGGUCUGUCCCCUCCUGCCACAGGCUGGAACAACCUUCCACGUGCAUCAGACAAAAGUGUUGAGGCUAACAUAGCCAGGGUGACGUUAUACACAAACUCAUUGUUGAGGUGUGCCAGCUGUGCAUCUGUCGAUGAUCCAACGUUUGAUGCCUUGUGGCUGGAAAUCAGCGAUGCACUGAUAGGACUAGGUGUAGAUGCAGACACUAUUAAUGAGCUAAAGACUGAGAGCAUAUAUCCUGAUGUAGAAGAGCAUCACCAAAAGCUGUUGAAAGAGUGGAGGAAAGAUGAAGAUAAUAUCAAGGACAAACAUGAUGAGAUAGAAGGUAUGAAUAGUAAUGACUGUUGUUAAAUAUUUACAUGUAAAUAGGUUAAACUUACAGUCAUUUAACUCUUGCUGCCAUUGGGCUCGGAGCUUGUCAGUAGCCUUAAAAUUGGUUCAUAACUCUUCGCUGCUUUUCUUGUACAUAGCACGAUUAUAUAGUUAUCAUGGCCUGAUAAAUUUUUGUUCACUUUGUACUAUGCUACAUGUGUGCAGUAUCUUACCUGAAGCAAAGUUAAUCCUUUCUAGAUCCCCACUUUCCUGCUAUCAACUUUUGUACGCAUCCUUUUUUCACUAACCUGGUCAAUGGCUAGCGAGAGUAUCCCUUCCCCUCCCCCUUGCAUUCAAUUUUAUAGAGUAUAACAAGGUUUCUAAAGUGAAGCCUAACUCAAAGUAAAGACCUUGCUUGAUCAAGCAUAUCACCUGCAAUCAUAUUAAAAAAUGAAAAAACUAUCUAAUAUUGUUAGAUUUUACCUUGUUCAACACACAACAACAUUGUCUGGAGGAGAGGGAGGGGGGCUUCUUUUCCCUUGGGAAGAGUGGAGAGGCUGUGUUGUUGCAGUCUGUUUUUGCAUACAUUAUUUCUGGAAAAUAGUGAACAAACCAAAAAGCAAUUAAUAAUUAUGAUGACAAUGACUGUCAUCAUGUUUUUGUACUACAGGAGAAACCAACUUGUCUAAUUUUGUAACUUAGCAACACUUUUUUAAGAGUACAUUUUUGCACUGGGGCCUUCACAAGACUAGUGGUGUGGAGUGAAACUAUGCUAAGUGACUCCAUAGCCCUUCAAUAAACUUUUUUCACUUUUGUUGUGUACUUUUCACACAGUUUGGAGUGGAGAACUACUGAAUGUCAUUAGAAGCUUCCCCAAUGACCUUUGGAAUCGUGCAUGUGAAUGUCAGGGUCUCGGCAUAGAAAACAUCCAGGAAUUUGACAUAACAGCCUUAGAUGAUACACUAAAGAAGAAUUUUUUAUCACUACUACAGUUUGUUAAAUGGGAUUUUCUAAACCCUUGGAGUGAUAGUCAACCAGAAUUUGUAGUUCUUACUUGCACUGAGAGUAAGGAUUUAAAUGUAAUAAACUGCCUUGUCAUCCAGGGUAUUUGUGCUUUUAGUAAAGGAGACACAAAGAUGUUAGAAGAAAUACAGGCCAUUGCUGUCCAAUAUAAAACCUAUCCUGGUUCUGGAUUUUUAAUGAAUAUCCUUGGUGUGAUGUUUUGCGAAAAAGUUCUCUAUGAACAGGGUAAAGAGUGUUUUGAUAUGGCUAAGAGUUACUUUCAUAGCCAUCAGGACAAUCUGAGAGAGGCAGUUACUACUUUAAACCAAGCAGUUUUGCACAAGACCUUGGGGGAUUACAGAAUGGCGCAGAGUCUUUCUUUUGAGGCAGCCUCCCUGUGCCAUGACAUCUUCAUGAUAACAACAAACAACCGACAUCUGCUAGUGAAGGUGCUGGGAAGAGUUACUGAUAUGCUAGAGGAGUUUGGAAACUAUGACAGAUUCCACAAGACCCUCCAGACUGGUGUUCAGUUUGAUUUUGCUGGUACCAGUAAGGCUACUGCAGUUAUUUUGAUCGAAUUAAUGAAUAUUCAACUCAAAGAAACUAACAAGAACCUUGCAGCUGAGGAGAGCAAAGGUUUUGUUUGCCGUCUGUUUAGAUUUUUAGAUAAUCCUGACACAGAGUUGAUGAAUGCUGAGGUUAUACGAGCAUUCAUGAUUGCAGCAAAGAUUCAUCGCAAAACUGGUCAUGAUGAUGAAGCCUGCGAUUUAUUAAAGAAGUUGCAGACAACUUUCCUGCUUGCUCAUGGUGGAGAACAUUCUCUCUAUGGUUCACUACUAUACCAAAUUGGCUGCUUCUUUAUUGACUGUGAAAAGGUUGAUGAAGCUUUAGGUGCACUGAAGCAGGCAGAGGAAAUUCUAAUUCGUUCUUUUGGCAAAGAACACCAUUCAGUUGCAUCAUGUAAAAGCAUGUUAGGUUCCUGUUUUCUGCUUAAAAGUAACAGCAAAGAGGCCUUGAGGCACCUAAAUGAAGCUCUGGCAACAUUUAGAAAUUUAAAUCCUAAUCAUCCUGAAGUGGGAGGGAUACUCCUUAGACUUACAUUUAUUCAUAUUAAAGAGGAAAGCUAUCAGUGUGCCCAGGAUACCGAGGAAGAAGCUCUAAAAAUCUUCAUCUCAGCUUGUGGUAAAGUAUCUCCGAAGACAGCUACGGCAUAUUUCCAGUCAGCGAUGUUCUUGCUGAAAGAUAAGGCAUUGUGGAGUUUAGCCAAGGAAAGACUGGUGACAGCAACUGACAUCUUCUUAAGGCUUGGUUUGAAACCUGCUAAUUCUUGCAUCCUUGCCUGCCACAGUUUGGUUGGUGUGUUGCAGCUCUCCUUGAAGAAAACAGAAGAGGCAGAGAAGUCUCUUCAGAAUGUUGAAGUCGACUUGAGCAUUGAACGAUGGAUUAAAACUAGCAUCCGUUUGGUAUCCUCAGUCGGUUUACUAGUACCAUCACCAACAGUUGGUCUGAACAGAUCCUUUGGUCUCUGUGCCAAGGUGGUGUCUCUUGUGAAUCUAGUGCAUAUGAAAACUGGUGAUGAAAGACUCAAACAUCUUGACACACUUGUUGGCUGCUUGGAAAAACACAAAACAGAGGAGCUUCAAGUGUUGGAUUUUGCAGGCCAAGCCAUAUUUUACAACACAUGCAAACUGCCUGGCUCUGAAAAAUCUGUAGCUGUUUUUUUAUCUUUGGGUCCACAGCUUAUUUCGUCACAGUCUACUGAGGUACUGAACUCUCACUCGGACUUUGAUCAAAAUCAAUCUGACUUGUUUUUCUCAUCUGUAAACAAGAAGCAUCAUUCCCUGUUUUUGACGAUCCCACACAACAAUAUUCAAGGCGAUAUUUCUUCCCUGGGUUCUAUCCUCCAUAGAUGUGUUUUAACUCUUUGUUCUCAACCAUCAUUCAGAAAAGGUUUUGUUGAGGGAAUUGAUGUCCAGAGGAAAUUGACAUUGCCAGUAAAUGACAUACCUUCCAUUUGUAGGUUGGUUGACUGUCUUCCACUUCUUGUUGAACUGGAACUGUCAGAAUUAAAAGAACAGCAUGGUAACUUUGACUACUUGAAUUCUUGGGAAUCGUCAGGGAAAUCUGUGAAACCAUCAGUGCAUGUCUCUUACUUCUCCUCUGAAUGUUCCCUUCAGCGUGAGGCUGAGUUUGUUUUUCACCAUUUGAACCACAGGUUAGAAGAAAAAUUAGUAGUGAACAAGGGCGAUGGUGCUGUUACUUGCGAUGUUUUCCCUGCAUUAGAUGGCGCUUCUUUUGCCAUUGAAAAGCCUGGCAAAUCCUGUGUAUCUAUUUCUGUAGAAAACAAGUUUGUAAUUGUCAAAUGCUGCAGCUUCAAGGAGUCGGUUUUAGAGUUUGUUUGCUCAUCAGUGCAGGAUGCUCUUAAAAAGACUGUGGAAUCUUUAUGCUUCAGAGUGAACUUUAAACAAUCUUCAUGGCUCCCUGACAGCUACCUUGAAAGGUGUGGUGGUGUAAAAGAAUCUGUAGGAAAAAUCCACAGUGUGGAUGAGUCCUCUCAUUUGACUUUUCCAUGUGCAGACAGCAGAGACCCAGAAUCAGAUUUAAAGAGACAAACAACGGUGGAUGGGUUACAGGAUGAGGUAAGUCGGGUCCUUUUACUUUCAGUGUGUCAUUAUGAUUUGCAUAUUGCGGGUAUGAAGUUCAUGCUACUACAGCUAAAAUUCCCUCCUCCCUUCCCUGUUGCUCCCCCAUAAAAAUACAAACUGAAUAAAUGCCAUAAAUACUAUCCUUAGUCGGUCGACAGAGGAAACAAAUAUUACCUUUCAGUAAAGGUUACUGAUAAAUUAUGAUAGUUAUUGGUAGACAGAAUGAUCAACCCCAUAAAUCGUGAUGGGCAAUGUAGUUUUGAAGCACGUUAUGAAUUAUUAUCAAAUCAACAUUUUUUCUGGAAAUUAGAACAAAUGACAUGGAUGAUUCUUUUCCUUUUAUUAUAGGAUGUGGAGAUCAAGCCACUUUUUAGACGUCCCUGCGGUAAGUUGCCAGCAGACAUGGAUAUUUGUUUGUGCCUUCUGGGGUACCUUUUGAGUCAAGUUAGACUUGAAGCCACUAAGAACGAAGCACUGGAAAUUUGUAACUCUCCAUCUGAACAGAACUUGGUGCCCGAAAACCAGUCCAUAUGCCUCGAAUCAGAUCAUUCCAUCACAUCAAAGAAAUCAGUAACUGACAGCUCCUCAUCUGUUAAAAGUACAAAAGAAUUGGAUCCCCAUCUUUCUCUUGAUGUAAGUGAUUUAGAAGCUGCUAGUAACAGGCCCAUGACAAAUUGCGAGGAGGGAAUUGUGCAAAGCAGUCCUGGACAAGACACAAAGGAACCAGAGCAGUUGAUGUCAUCCAUCACUGAAUGUCUUUACGCAGGCAGAGAAGAAACUGUUACUCCACAAGUUUACAAAAACACACAGUCAAGUGUUGCAGAUUCCAGUGUGCUUCUUCUGAACAAUCAGACUGAUCAUUUGGAUCAGGGGCAAGGUCCUUGUGAACCUGGUAACGGCAUUUCAAUACCAUCAUCAGUUGAGUUGCAACUAGAGAUAAGACAACUGGAGGAGCAGCUGAAGCAGAGUGAAGAAGAAAAACAGAAACUUAGUGUUGAACUGGGAAAAUACCUGUUCCUUGAAGACAAAGGAAAGCGCCAUGGAAGGCUUCUUGGUGGAGCAGCUUCAUUGCAUGACCCAGGUUAGUCAGAGAUGUUAAAAAAACUUAUUAGCAAGAUUCAAAAUGCCGUAAACUGUAGCCAAUAAGCCCCAUUGCUGUAGGCCCAUCUACUCGUAAACAAAAAAAAAACACAUCCGGCUAUAUAAACCCCCCACCACCCUUUAUCUGGCAUUAAAAUGAAUUCUAUUUAUUAUAAUGCUUUCCCUUGUAAUGAAGCUCAAUGAAAAGCAGUACGAAACAUACUUUGAUCAUUUUAAAUGCUCUUUCUAGAUUGGUUGUAAGCCCUAGCCCCCCUUUUAGAAGGCCCUCUAAAACUCAUUAUGAAAAGCCUAGGGCAAGCUGAAGUUUUUGGUAACUAAUCUAGAACAUGAAACAUAGCAGAGUUGCAGGCAAUAAUAGGCAUUGGAUGAGACUGAGGAGGUUGCGAGGAAUUGACCAGCCAGGAAGUUCUUUUGUUUUUCUUUUCUUUUUAGUUUCUUUGAAAGUAACCAGAGAAAUUCCCCAGUUCCCAGCUCCUUAGUGAGAACCCUGUUUUGAUAAUAAGAACAGAGCCUUGUGACUUUUGGCUUACAACACCCAAGUUAGGAAUAUGAAGAAUUGAAGAUGGAAUCCAUUAGGAAAUUGAGUAAUUUUAAUUUUCAGUGGACAAAAACCUUGUACCAGAAUUAUUUCAAUCAUAUUGCAUUCUUUUUUACACCUCUUGCAGGUUAUAAAUGUAAUAAGUUAUAUGAAAUAACUCCAAAGAAAAGGUUCUUAUGAGAGCCAGAGAAAACAAACUUCACAAGCUUCAAAUUUCACAAAAUGAAACUUGCGUAUGACGAUUUAACCUGUUCUUCUCAAUUCCUAUGAAAUUUGAAAUUAAUUUAUUUUCUCAUGCUCCCAUAAGAACCUUUUCUUUCAUAUAACUUAUUACAUUUAUAGCCCUUGAAAAAUGUAAAAAGAAAAGAAGGGUAUUGCAUAAAAUAUUAUGGUACAAGGAUUUUGCCCACUGAAAUGAAAAUUACUCAGUUUCCUGAUGUAUUCUGUCUUAAUUCUUUUCAAUCAUGCAUGAAAGCUGAAUUUAACUUCAAUAAUUAUUUUAUUAACCAUUUAAACUUAUAAAAUCUUUACCUUAAGAGUAAUUCUUAAUGUAAUUCUUGAAAACAUUUGCCUUUUUAUUGGUAGUUUUGGUUAUGAAUAGGUGUUUCUUGACCCUCAGAUGGGAGAAACACAUUUAAAGUUUGUAAAUUGUAGUCAUCCUGUGACUAUUAUUUUGGCUUUUUUUAUGUAGCCAACAAAGAGCAUUAAAUUUUGUUAGCUGUUUCUCAGUUGAGGUGCAGAGAGCUGUAGGUUUACAAAUGCACUACUUUCUUUUUUAGUCCAACAUAACAUUAGGGCUUACACUGUAACUGACUGAAAAUUAAUCAUAAUUAUAGCAUGUGUAAGAUCAUCACCUUUUUGUACGCAACUUGAACAGCUACAAAAAGGAAGCAGAAAGAAAAAUUCCAGCCAGAUGGCUUGAUAGCUGAGUGGCAAGAGCACUUCACCAGUAUCACAGAGGUCAGGGGGUUGAAGCCUGCAUUUUUACACGCUGGGGGCUUUUGCUCGCCCUUGAUCAUCAAUCCCAUGGUUUGUGAUCUGUUUGGCAAGGGUGAUUUUUUAUGUUUUGUUUUUCUUGAUUUUUUUAGGAUUUUCCCUGCACUCUAGACUUCUAGAGAUCUCUAAUUCAUUAUCAUCAAAAGAGGUGAAGAAGAUCAAGUUUCUGGUCAAAAGCAAAAUCAGUGGUUUCAGACUUGCACAGAUAACAGAGGCCUUUGAAUUGUUUGAAGAACUAGAGACAAAUGGAGUAUUCCCCUGCGAUUAUAUUGCAAACCUGCUUGCGGGGAUUCAGCGAUAUGAUCUUGUGGAGAAACUUGGAAUACAGUUACCUCUAACAGCUGCAAAACUUGGUAUGAGAAUUCUUAAUAAUUUCUUGUUUUUAUUAUAGCCACAAACUCUAAUAUUGUUAGAAAGUGAAUGUCAGAGCAGUUUGCUUGUAUAGACCCUUCCAUGUUUUCUUCACUUCUUGACAAGGAUCAGUCGGCAGAAGUCUGUUGCCACCUUAAAAUCAGUAAAGUCGCCAACUGUCAGAGUGUGAUAAGUUGAAAAGAAACAUCUAUGACUUACAAAAUCAUAGGGUUUCGUGGACGUUUGAUAGGGGAACUUUUUGGUGACUUGGCAAAACAAUAUCAUCUCUCAUUUCUGAAAUAUCACUCUUUGACUUGGCAACUCCUUAUUUUAGUUUUUUGUGGCAUUUAUGCGAACAGGUCCUUGUCAAAAGUUAUAAAAAAGUGGAAAGGUCUAUUUUAAAUCAGAACACGGGGCUGAUCAGGAAUUUUGUUUGUAGUGAAGUUGUUGUUUUAGUGGGGAUGGGUGUGUCACCCCAGAUACAAAGUUGGAUAUUCAGGUAAAGAUAAGAAGGAAGGGGAUGUGUUUCUAGGUCAUGAAAGAGGGUGAACUGUUGCAAAUCCCCUCCCCUCUCCCCAUUCUGUUACAUGUAGCAUUCACCCUUGGAAUUAAAAAGGAGAGAAGACUGGGGAAAGGCACUUGCUAAAGCAGAUCUGAAUGAUUCCAAACCGAAUGCAGUCUUCAUGAGGAUUGAAGCUUGAUGGACGGUAAUAUAGUUGAUUCACUGGAUAGGGUAGCCUGUCUAUCUAAUUCUCAAGGACUGUGCUUAUAAUGGAUGUCUGUACUUAUUUUUUGACUAGUGUCCUUGAUUGCUUAUUUUCCUUCAGGGUCAGACAUUCUUUCUGGACAGAGCUUGUCAGCGAGAGAAAAUAGAUUAUCUGGUCAUGUUGAGAAUUCACCCGAACUUACACCUGUUAAAGAUUACAGUUUGGGGGUACAACUGAACAGACAUGGAGGGAAGCACCUUACAGGAAAUGAAGUGUUUACGCGUGUCAAUAUCAGCGGAGACUCGAUGCAAUUGCAGGGUUUUGAAGAAAAUGAUAAAUCAUUAACAACAGAGAAAGCAGAAAUUGAACAGGAGAAGAUUUCAUCACUUGCAUUCAAUGAAGGUUCAAGGGAAACCAACAUGUACACCGCUGUCUCAAGUGAGAGUGAAAAAAGCAGUAAUUCAUCCAUGAAGAGUGCUAUCAGCGCUAAAGAAAUGCACCAGUUCCCCACCCUUACUUCAGACGGUUAUUUGCCAGAUUCUAAUGAUAGUUCGUUAUUGUCAUCCAGUUUUGAACAAAUCCCAGUGGUGGCUGAUCCUAGUUGCACCUUGCAGUCCUCAAGUGACACAACGGAUGGCUCACCUAUUUUGACGACACUUUCUAGUAAGGCUUGUAGAAAUAAAGAAAUCUCAGGAGACACUGUCCCAAACGUAGCAUGCACGAAAGAGCAGACUGAACGAUCUUCGAAAUUCUACUACGCUGACGUGGAGUGUGAUGGCUCUCCAAUAGUAGCAUCACGCCAUUUUUAUUCAGCUGUUAAGAACAAUGAAUGUUUCUUGGCUGGUGGGGACGGAGAGCUUCUUGAUAAAGCAACGGAGAAGUCUGAAUGGGAAAAAAUUGAUGAAGAAAAAGAAUUUGUUGAUUCUUGUGACGGAGCAAUAAAAACAGUACAUUCUGGCACAAGUGCAGAUGCAGGAACAGAUUCCUCAGAGAGUUUUGUUGGUGAGAUUGUUGGAACUCAGAGCGGGUCAAAUGGAGGAAACCAAUCAUCAACACAAUCAUCCGCUGCAAGAGAUUGGGAGUGUUUUGGUGCCAGACCAAAAAAGGCUCAACGUUCAGAUGUUGAACCAAAGCCAACACGACCUGCUCUCUAUAUAACUGAUGGCUUAGCUGGUGACUUCUUAGCAAGACACACCCAAGACAAGGCCCUUCAUGACAGUAUCUAUCAAACUGACGUUGAUUCUCUCUUCAAUGACUUUCCAUCACAGGGGACUUCCUUUAUUGAUGGUGGUAUAUCUCAAUCUAGCAGAGCACAGCCUUACUUUGGGGAUUGCCAGGCUGCAUCUGGGACAGAGCCAUUUGGUGGAACUGGACAUUCACUUGUAAGUGGGUCUAACAGACAUUCGGUUGGCCCUUCUUAUGCAGAACCUUUCAGUGACAACUCAGGACCUUGGCCCAGCCAUUUAGGACAUCGUUCUUUCUCAUUGUAUAGUAACUAUUUUUCAAGAAAUACUUCAACUGUUGCAAACAACUAUUCUCUUCAAAGUGAUAUGGUACAUAGUAGCGGUAGAUUUGCAGGAGUUGACCUUUUUGAUGGACAGACUUAUUUGGCAUCAGCGCAGCAAACGCCCUAUCUUCCUAUAGCAAGUGGUCCUGUUUUAAAUGGUUAUCCAGGAAUGACUGGUUCAAGUUUUGCUGACCCUUCAUGGCCAGGUGCAGCACCAACACUACCUGGGGAUCCUGUAUAUAAUGCGCAAAGAUUUAGUAGCACUUCGAAUAAGCAGCUUACGGACCCUGCUCAUGAUGCAAAUAGAUUUGCUGGUAAUGAUGCCUCUUCAGCUUUUACUUGUAAUCAGGGCACAGAUGAGCCGGCUCAGAAACCAAAUUUAGCACUUGGAAAUUCAAGGACAACAACUGGAAACAUUGAUGAUGAAGCAAAUUCCUCUGCACGUUAUCAGCUUGGAAAUUCCACAACGUUUGAUGGUGUUUUGGCAGCGAGAUCUACUCAUGAUACAUCUGUGUUAGAACCUCGUCUUGGUGACACCGACAACAGUAGCGUUUCUGUGUUAAACAACACAGACUUUGGUACUGAUUCCGUAGAGGCCUCGGACAACUCAUUGCUUGCUCUGGAACGGCGUGUCGCAGAAGCUUGUGCCCUUGUGGAACGUGUCCUUCGGGAGAGAGAGGAACGAGAACAGUUUGGAAGGGAGAUAGAAAGGAAAGAACAGUUGAUCAGAGAACAGAGAGCUCGAGAAAGGAGAGAGAGAGAAGAGAGAGAAUUGCGUGAAGCUGAAAACUGGCCACAACAACAAGAGGCUAUCAACGCACGUUCACAGUGGUUAUGUGAACAUUAUCAGCGGCACUGCAGAGUGCGAUUCCCUUGUUGCACUCAGUUCUAUCCAUGCCAUCGCUGCCACAACAUCUCAAAAGCUUGUGACAAUGAAGAGGCUAAAGCUUGUCAUGCCACUCAUCUGAAGUGCUCUCACUGUCAGCAUGAACAGGAGGUAACUUUUUCUAACGUAAAACUAAGAUCUCUUUUCAACGUACCUUUUAGUAAGCUGCUCUUGAGAAAGGUAUUGCCUAUCCUCAGACGUUCCUGAAACCUUGAUGAAGAUCUACCUUAAACUGUCUGAGAGUAAGGGUUACAUUAAUAACAUUGAGGUCUCCCUCACUGAGUGUAAAUGGAGAAAGGUUUUUGAAUAACUCACUAAGGAUUAUAGAAUGCGUAGACUUGCCCACAAGUCCACUUUUUUGAGCGACCAAAGUAAGUAAACUUGGAGGUAAAAGCAAACCUGAAGAAUUUCCUCGAAUAUUUAUCACGUUAUAUCAGGUGUUUGCGUAAGUAUUAUGUUUAAGAUAAUAGUGAUCAGGAGGCUCAUUUUUGGACUAGUAAGCCUGGUUUCCAUAUGAUCUGGAUGUAGAUCGGCGACCAGUAGGUGUUGCGUUUCAGACAUAUACUUGGUACCAUUUCCCCCUAAAAUAGUGUCAAACAAAAGCGGCAUGUUUCAGUCACUCAAAUAAAUAGGAGCAUAUUUCUGUAGUGUCUAGAUCGUCUCAAUUCGUCCGGUGUAAACAAUUUCCGAUCAUAUCGCAGAUUGCCGUAGACCGUUACAGAUUGCAAUGGCAUUUUACUCCCACCAUUUACACAUUUGGUUAUACAAUAACAGAGAUUUAAAUAUAGAUUUACAGUCAACUCUUUCUUAAUGGACAUCUCUAUAUAAGACGGACACUUUCCUAAAAUGGACCCCAAAGUUGGUCCCUGCCAUUCGUUAGUUAGUUUCCUUGAAUCUCUUUAACGUAAACUCUUCUCUAAGAUGGAUAUUAGCGCUGGUCGCAACAAUGUCUGUGUUAGACAGAGUCGACUGUGUUAGCAUUAGGGUUAAUCAUAGGUGGUGCGCAUUUUGGCUUCUUGUGUCUCUGAGUAAAGUUCUGUGAUGCCACUGCGUGAAUGUCUCAGAAAACAUCCCUGGCCUUUCCAUUGCUGCUUAACUUCCCUUGUAGGCAAAAAUGUUUAAUGACUUUUUUUUGUUAUAGAUUGGCGAAGACAGUGCCAAGUGCCGUAAGUGUGGAGGGAAAAUGUCUGCUUAUUUCUGUGCCAUCUGUAAACAUUUUACCAGUGUGGACAAGAAUCCCUAUCAUUGCGAAAAAUGUGGAAUAUGUCGGUGAGUAACAAUAUUGUAUUCUUUGUUGUAAAAUAACGUUUUAUGAGCGAUCCCAAACGUGACAUCUUCAAAGUCAUUCUCAAAAGCAGCUGUUGUGCAGUUUUAAAUUUUGGGUCAGACUGUGGGUUAAUUCCCUAGGCGUGGCCACUCACAUAAACCUUUUUAUCAGUAAGUAUUUGGAGUUUAAUUUUAAACUCUUCAACGAAUCAAAGUUUCCAUCAGGGCUCUUAGUGAUCUCAGCAGAUGGUUCCACCGCAUGGUUGCCACUGGUCAGGAAAUGAUCACGGAAAAAAAAUUGUUCGAGGUGGUGGAAAAGUCAUGGAAUCUUAUUUAGAGUCAGGGAAAAUACAACAUCACUUUUAAAAUACUAUUUAAGGCUGAAAGAUUAGAAGUAUUUGAGGUCACUUUGAUCUCAACGUUGUUUUUCUUUUAAUGAACAAGACGCUCGAGUGCGUGAACCCGGCCUUCUUUUAGUUUACAAUUAUAUAGCGGGAAAAUGUGCAGUAUGUAAUUAUCGCACUACAGCUCAAAUGAUAUUUCAAGGGUAUUUUGCCUCCGAAAGCCAAUUUGCCGCAAAUCGAUCACGUGAUAUUUCGCCUCUUCACGCAUGCGUUUUAAAGAGCAGACGGUGAUUUGUGGACGAAGAAAAAACUAAAAACCAAGGCCAGAACUAUGCCCGUCUCUUCCUGAAAGGAAGACCUAGUAAAAAGGCGAAAUGUUAAUUUAAAAAUAUCAGUGGGUGGAAAGGACAGUGGUAAGGGGAAGCUGGAGUCCACUACUGUCGUAUCUUACUAUUUGUAUUUAUUUGGUCAUGGAAAUUUUGAGCAGGGAAAAGUCGGAGAAUUUGAAAAACUGAUGUUGGUGUCAUCCAUGCAGGGAAAGCAUGAGUGAUGCAGUGGUGAGAGCACUUGAUUCCACCAAAGUGGAAGUGACGCCUCAUGUUGGUUGAGUUUGUUGUUGGUUAUCUUCCUUGCCAUGAGAGGUUUUUCUUUCAGGGGUACUCCAGUUAAAUAACCAACAUCUCCAAAUUCCAAUUUUAAGCAAAAUAUGGUCCACAAAGAGCCACUUUGUGGAUAUGGUGCCACUAAAAUCAUAUUAUUUUUAUUAUUCAUAAUUUUUUUUUAAAUUCUGGGCAGUUUCUGUCGCCCCUAAUAUCUCGGCUGAAUUAGGGCUAUAGGCACGAGAUGUCAGUGGCUUCUUUCUUACUCUUCCCAACCUGUUCUGUUGGCUCUCCUACUAAACCUACGAUAUUAGCAAACUCUUGCUUUCAUUGUCCUAUCUAUUUCCCCAGUGUGGUCCAUUCCAUACUGUUCCCAAUCAGUUCUGGUCCAAAAAUGUGCGACUCACAAUAACAUAAUCCCUUAAGUUAAAAUCACUCACAAACUGUGAAAACCUUUUGUUCCUUUUUGCCAUGUCCAAUUCACUUAAGCGAUUGUUAUUUAAAUGAUGUUUUUUUUUUGUACCACCCAGGAUUCAUCAGGACAAAUCAUUCCACUGCGAAGUGUGUAAUGUGUGUUUGGACAAACGGCUAGAGGGGAAUCACAAGUGUCGGCCUGACUCGGGCCACGAUGAAUGCUGUAUUUGCUUGGAGGUGAGUUUUAAACUCUAUUUUUAACGUGGGAGGUGACAAUUGCAGAACUUUUUUCUCCUGGGUGACUUAAACGUGAAUGGUGUGAGGUUUCUCGUGGGAAAAAUGGAAAUAGCCCUUAACAGCAUUAUUUGUUUAUUUAUUUAUUUUAUUUACAAGCUUUGUAGCAGGGCCUGGAACACUCACAGAACAAGCUUCAUUACGAAGUCCCAAAAAAAUGCAUGUUCUGCGCUCUGUUUCUAUACUUUUCCUAUUGCACUAAUGGGGAGAAUUGGUUUAACAGUCAAGAACGUUUGCUCUGUUUGAUUGUCUUUCUUAGUUUUACUGUAUGGAGAAUUCAAAUGUUUGUCACCCCUGGAGCUUAAAGGAUUAAACCACCAACUGGGAUCAAUUUUGGCGUUAAUUGUGUCAACAACAAAAUUCUCGAAUCUGAUUGGUUCUCACGUACUCCACUCAGUCGUACUACCAUUACUUAUUAAGCCUAAAAGAUACCAUUCUAACACAGAUAGCCAAAUAAGGGAUAAAGUUACUUUAACUGCUAUAAAGAUGUCAUGAGUGGUGUCUUGUGUGAUCGGUCUUAUUACUACCAACACAGUAUGGUGAAAUUUAUUUAUUUCUUCCCACACAUUCCUAAGCGAUACCUGCAAAGGGAAAUAAAUAAAAUGUGCAAUUUUCAAGGUUUAAGCGAGGCGACGAGUAUCCCGUCCCUUUUACAUCCUGGGAGAUGAUCUAUACUGACAUUGCUGACUUGAGAUCAUCAGUCAAAAGUGCAGAAUACAGUAGAAUUAUUUUACUUUGACACAGAUGUUAGCAUUUUAAACUAUGUCUUCUGUGCGCAUCCCACUUGUGCAUGAUACAAUCUUACUUAUUUGCGUUGAGAAACAUAUUUUCCUAUCUUCCUUCCAUCCAGGGAUGGGGGUGGGAACGACUGGGAAGCAGAGUGGAGGCUUGAUACUGCCUCCCUCUCUAACGAAUUACACCCUAGGUAACUCAAAUGAUCUACUGGUAGGGCGGCUGUUCUCUGAAAAGACAGUCAAGAAUAGGCCUUUUAAGUAGAACAUGGCUGUAACAGUACACUGCCGCGUUCUCACUAAGUUUAUGUUGCUUGUAUAAUACCUUACAUAACUUACCGCCUUCUUGUUCAUUGUUUCGUAGGAUGCAUUCAGUGGAUGCCAAAUAUUGCCUUGUUCACACAAGGUUCAUCGUGAAUGUGCCAUUGCCAUGAUCCAGAAUGGCAUGUAA